AAUCAUAGACACCUAAGAAAGCCCAAGCCAGCCCAGUCCUAAAGCCGCAUGACUUGUAUUAGGGUUUUCCAUUUCCCUCUGUCGAAAUUUGGAAGGCAAACAAAAAUUUCCAUGAACCAUUGGCACUGAGUUACUCAGCUGCAAAAUCAUUUGGGUUUUGCUCUUCCUCUCGCGAAAGUUUUUGAAUCGGGUCGAGAGAAUAAUAGGAAGUCUAGAUGUUGGGGAAAGGAAGGAAAGUGUCUGGUAGAGGAGAGACGGUGGCUGCUAAUUAUGCUUUUGGCCCAGCUGAAGAUGAUAUCAUUAUAAAACACAGGCUUCUGACCCGUACCACUACUACAAGAGGUGAACCCCCAUUGAAGAAACUUCAAAGGAAGUUUACCUCGUUUGUGCUAGAGGUUGAGAAGGGUGAAGAUAACUAUAAUGAUUGUGUGAAAGUUUCCAAGGCUUUCUUACAAGAGUUGUCUACUUUUGAGAUUCCUCUACUAAAGAGUAAAGCUGUUAUUGAUGCAAAUCUUAGAGAGAAGGAGAACUUCAAUGAGUUAAAAGAUGAGAUAAAUAGGCAGAUAUUGCAGGCACAGACUGACAUAGAAGAUCUAAAGAAAUUACUUGAGGAAAGUAAGAUUGAGAGACAGCACAAGGAGGAGUGUGAGGCAAUUAGGAAAUUGAUUUCUGCACAGCCACCGAGAUCAGAAACACAAAAAAGUAUAACAGAGUUAGAGAAAGAGAUUGCAGCAUUGGAGGCAGAGAAUACUGCUGGUUCAAGGUUGCUGGAGCUCCGGAAGAAACAGUUUGCCCUGUUAUUGCAUGUGGUGGAUGAGUUGCAAAAUACCAUAGAGGAGGAACAGAAGAGUUUGAUUGAGGAGAUGAGAAUGGUGACCGAAGAGCAGAAGAGUGGAAUGGAAGAUGCCGGUGGGGGCUCUGAAGUGAUGGCUGUUGAUUAGCUGGGUGCUGCAUCUAAGUUUUGCAGUUGUAAGUUGCUUCUCCCUGUCAAUCAUGCUCGAAGAAAUAAAAGAUUCAAUGCAAUACCUGGAACACAAUUCAAGUUCCAUAACAGUUCUGCGGACUCUGUAACUGAUGUCCUAUUUGAUCUUGUCAAUGGCAUGUUUGAUCUCUUUUCCAGGUGAUGUAAAUCUACCAUUGCUUUAACAGCUAGUAGAUUGACUCCCAGCUUGUAGAAACUUGCUCCAAUAUCUUUGCUUUUGCAAUUGCAAUUUGGAAUACAAAUUUCCCCAUAUGUUGCAGGGUUUGAUGCUUACAUGCCUAAAUAUCCAAAACUAUAUUGUAAGCUUAAGGUCUAUUCCUGUUUAGGCAGCCAGCAUCCUAAUUUAAGUUGUGAGGGGAACGUAAGUGGACUUUCCUUUGCCUGAUCCAAUUAGAAACUAUUCCUUUCCAGAGUGUAGAACAUAAUUGAAGGGAGGACCAAGCCUGACACCUCCCAAUAGAAAUAUUAUAUGAACUAUAUAUUUUUUUAAAAUUUAAAGUUAUCAGAAUUUGAAUUCUAAAUACUGAAAUUAAGAGUCAAAGUGUUUUAUCAACAGUCAUGCGACUGUUGGCAGGAACUAUACUUUUCUAAGUAUGCUUAAAAAAAAAAAAA